GUGGUUGUGUGGUCUGUCUGUGAAUGGUUGCCCUAAUGACAUUUCCACCACUUUCAUGCCCUUCAAUUCCAUGCAACGCAUCCUCGUAAAUAUCUUCUUAUCAUAUCAUAUCUUCACCAAUCCAGGAAAAAAAAAAAAAAAUCUCAAAAAAAAAGAACCAGGAAGUUGUUAUUGUUAUUGUUUUCGCGAAUUACGAUGAACAACAUCCUCGGACUUCUCCGGCUUCGGAUAAAGCGAGGAAUAAACCUCGCCAUCCGCGACGUCAAGACGAGUGAUCCGUACGUGAUGGUUACCAUGGGAUCGCAGAAACUGAAGACGAAAGUGAUAAAAAGGAACUGCAACCCUCAAUGGGACCAGGAUCUGACGCUUUCGAUCACCGACUUGGAAGAACCCAUCCAUCUGCAAGUGUACGACAAAGACACGUUAACCGUGGACGACAAGAUGGGGGAUGCAGACAUAGACAUCAAACCCUACGUCGAGUGUCUGAAGAUGGGGUUGGACGCGGACGCCCUCCCGAAGGGCUGCGCCCUUAUGAAAGUUCUGCCCAACAGGACCAACUGCCUCUCCACCGAGAGCUGUUGCGGUUGGGAAAAUGGCAAGAUUGUUCAGGACAUGAUUCUCAAACUGCGAAACGUCGAGUGCGGUGAAAUCGUGGUGCAGAUUGAGUGGAUCAACCUUCCUGGUUCUAAAGGUUUAGAAGGAGUCUAGGUACAACAUAAAUCUGUUUGCUCUCUUAUUUAAGUGUGUUUUGUUUAAUGUAUAUCUAUGUUUCAAGCAAGAAUGCCGUGCGUGUCUUGUGCUUGGGAUGACUACUUUUUUGUAUUUUCUUCCAUGUGAAAUUAUAUGAAUCAUGCAACGCUACUUAAAUACUCAA